UAAUUUCAAUAUAGCAUUUCAACAUUCCAAGAUGAUGAAAGCAUCAAAAAACGAGCUUGACAAUUUCYCUGAAAACCUCUUUAAUGAGGAACGAUCUAGGUUUGAGUAUGAGUUCUGCGGUCGAGCUCCUAUUCGACAUGUCAAAAGAUUCAUGAGUUCAGGGUUGUUGUUGAAGGGUUUUGCCCUUGCAUUUGGCUWGUGGAAUCCUCGUCGAAGAUGGCGUGCUAUGUUUGCCCUGAUAAUCCUACUGGUUGAUGUUUAUCUCUCUAUUCAAACAGCAAUCUACGUGUUUGUGUGUCCAAAGCUUCGAGCUCAAAGAACACUAGUGAUCUGGUUCUGUGCAAAUAGCUCUGUGAACAUCACCUCUAAAAGUGUAGAGGAUACUGAUAUCUUGCUUUYAGUUCGCAUGAAAGAAUUGCUUAUAAAUGAUGCUGUGUUGGAUAUCGGUCGUCUGUUGUCUCAUUUGACUUUCUUUAGGAGUGUCUGGAUGCUUUCUAAAGAACUUAACUGCGUUAAACAAGAAAAUACUCUCCCUUUGGUGAACCCUUGGGGAUGGAUUAAACUGAACUGUGUGCUACUGUUCUUUUGGUGUGCUCUCAUUUCUGGUAUAGUGUUGAUAAUGUUUGGCAUCUCAAGCUCCAACUAUUCAUCUUUUGUAGCUCAUGGGGUUUAUUCAGCUUCACUGUGGACCAGUCUUUUGACUUGCUGGUUAUUUAGUACCUUGAUAUUAUCAAUGGAAACUCUUGUAACUAGAUGUACUGAUGACAUCAUGACAGCAGAACACCUUGAUGAUAUCAUCAAAAAGCAUCAGCAACUUUGCAAGAUCAUCUUUGGUACAUCCAAUGCAUUCAAGCUGUGGUUCAUUGUGCACUGGGUUCUGUAUACUAUAGCUUGUGUCUUUUGGGUUGCAACAUUUACGUCAUUUUCUGACUUGAUGCACUCACAUUUUCAAAAAAUUUUCUUCUAUGAAAUCAUUUUAGGUAUUUAUUUAUACGUUUUUAUUUACCCCUGCUACCGGGCUGCACAACUGACAGGAAAAUGCCAGCAAAUGCUUGCUAAUUUCAACCUGAUGACUGAAGCAGACUGGCAUGAUAAUCAUCCAUUUCGCCAGCGAUCUCAACUACACUUGUUUCUGCAGUAUGCGAGCUAUGCUGACUGUGGAUACAGAGUUGGACGAUAUACAUUUGGUUCGAUGGCUGUGUUUUUCUCAAGUGUUUUGGCAAUGGUGGGGACUGGGUUAAGAGUCGUUUGAAACAACAUUUAAGGUCAAAGAUUAUACUUUGUCAUCAGACGGCAAUGGUAUCAGUAGACUUGCAGGUGAUCUUUGUUCGUGAUAUACUGUUAGUCUGGCUUCCUUGAGGGUAGCGUAGGGGCUGUUAUUGACUGUGUUUGGUGAGCGUCAUUGAUUGAGUACUUUUGAAUGAAAUCUCAAUUCCGCUGUCCCUAUCGAAGUUGUUGGGAUGGUGUCUGCUAUGGUCGCCUUCUCUGACUUUACGUGUGUACGGGCAGUUGGCUCAGUCUUUUCAUACUGGGCAGUUUUUACUGGUUCCUAACACUUUCGAUUCACUUUCAACUAUUUUAUUAACCGCGCUUUCAAGCAACUUGCUCUUCAUCAAAGUAGACGGUUGUGUCAACUAACAAGUUUUACUGAUAUUACUAGGAACUUUUCACAUCUCAUCACAGGAUUGCGUGAGGCUCACGUAACGCGAGGCAAUACUUSAAUUCUAUAUUAUGUCAGCACUUGCCUAAUAACUCAAAACGAAAGAGCUCCCUAAUUCUGGAUAUGUAAAACGAAAAUGGUCUUAGUUAAAAAAAAACUAUUCUUCAUCUUAUAAUAAUUAUAAGAUUUUAAAAUAUUUUUAGUAAAGGUUUAUCCAGGUACAGUAUAUCUGUCUGGUUUAUACAGCCAUUGUCAAUAGGCAAUGUUCAUGAGCUUGAAUUUCUAGCACAAAGCAUGAUGGGACACUGAGUUCUUACUUUUUUUUAGCUCUUCUAAAAAUUCAUCUGACAAUGUUUUCUCUGACAUUUUCUAUUGAUGUAAGCACUUCAACAGACGAAAAUAAAAAAGGAAAUUUUUCCUGAUAUUUCCUUGGACUUCCCUGUUCCAUUUUAGCAGGACUCGGUUUCCCAGAGUGCUUUGUGAGCGUUGAUGCACAUUGCCUAUAAGGUUGUCACACUAUAACUUAUAUACUAGCUCCAUAUACUUGAUACCUACAAUCAUUGUAUACAUGUACAUAGAUUCAUCAUUAUUACUCUUUGUUCAUUUUUUCUCAAUAUAAAGUUUAACAMCAGAAUUUGUAUCUUUUAUAAUGAAUAAAAAAAGCAUGAUGUGA